AUGAAGAACCUCCUCCUCAUACUCGCCGGCAUCGCCUCCCUUACCACCGGCAGCGUUGUCGUCAACCCUCAAGACGCCGUCUACAAGGUCCGCGAGGCCAUCGCCGAGAAGGAGCGCCGCAACGACGACUACACCCAGACCCGGGCCGCCAAGGGCACCAUCCCCCUCCACCGUCGCGAGUGCGAAAUCUCAUGCCCCAUCAACCUCUACUGGUGCAAGUACGCCCCCUACAACUACAAGUGCGACCGCAACGGCAAGCUGCAGUCGGACAGGCGCAACGAGGACUGCGAGCAGGCGACCUAUGGCUGCUGGUGCGGCUGCGACUGGCGCGCCCCGGGCAUUGAGAAGAAGGAUGGCCCUGAAUCUGCGGCGGAGGCCUAA